AUGGAAGCUGUUGGGGCCGGAGCGAGCGUGCUCGCCUUCGUCACCCUAGCCGUCAAGAGCGCCAAAGCAAUUCAUGAAAUACUGUCGUCAGCCAAAGACGGGGAAGGCCUCGUCGAGCAGGUCGCAAGGGAUGUGCAAGGUCUUCGUGCCACUCUGGAAAGGUUCGAAAGGUGCCGCAUCGUUUCCGGUGCCGACCGUCACCCCGACAAAGCCGCUCUCGAAUGUACGAUCGCGUCAUGUAGCAACGACAUGAAAGACUGUGCCACGAAACUGGAGAAGCUGGUACAGGCCAGCUCGUCCGGGACAACCUUCAAACGACAGUUGAACAAAAUCAAGAUAUUUCUAGACGAGAAAGAGAUAGAGAGAGUUGGUCAUCUUGUCACCAGGCACACAUCGGCUCUCAACCUCUAUCUUAAAGUCAUAGAAAGCGAUCUUCUUCUCGAUGUGCAUGACAUUGUAGCUGCUGUUCGGCAGGAGCUAUCAACCCAGCAAACCAUCAGAGAGACGCAGUCGACUAUCGUCACGCAGCAGACGAUCAUGACGACGACUGCUCAAAACACCAUGAUGCAAUUGACACGACAUGCUCAAACCAUGCAAGAGACGGUCCAGACUGCAGCGUCUGAAUUCGCAGCCCAGAGGGAUGAAAUGGCCCGUAUGCUCGCUCGGCUGCUCGAACAGCUCUCACAAUCGUCUGUCGCACAGAGGCACAGUAGCAGUGCUAUUGAGGAAACGCUUGAUGACUCCGCUUCAGAAGAGGUCUUGCCUUACGCCAAACUUGCGGAACUCAUUGGAUCCAUCCUAAAUGCGAUAACGGCAAACGCGGCGUUUUUGUCCUCAACCAUGACUCCGAUCUUACCAAGGCUCUGCUCACCCUACUCUCAAUUGCCACAUCGAAGCAGUUCAUGA